AUGUGGCCGUUCUACCAUCCGGCCUGGUGCAGUCAGAGAAUUGUUUACUACAAAUUCAAGCUAGGUUGGACAGCCCUAAAGGGCACGGGCAGCCACAACAGCUUUCUUUUUAGUGGUCAUCCUAACGGCAUACCCACAGAGAAAGAACCAAAAAAGGCUAGAGAAAAACAAUGUAUGAAGAAUACAGGAGCAAUAUUUAAAUAUUUUGAAUUCAUUGGCAAAAAAAAUGUGUCGGCAUGUGAUACAGAAACUAGUACCAUUUCAAGUCAAAAAUCUGUUCAGUUAUCUAGUAGCGAUCGAGUUGAUUUUGAAGUUUUGGCUAAUAAACCAGUUAUAGUUGGUGAAAAACUGGAACCGAUGGUAGAAGUUGAAAUCCCCGAAGAAAUUAAUACUGUUGACGGCAUAGUUUUAGUUAAUUCCACGAAGUCUACGGGUACAUCUGAAUCUAUCAGCGAUUGCAAUGAUAUUGGAACUUGGCCUGUCCUGAUCCCAGAUAAUUUUCAAAUUUUCGUUGUGACUCGAGGUUAUAAAACAGUGCUGCACCUUGACUGCGAAUUUGCUGAAGUGAUUCGUCCAAAGCCAAGAGAUUCUACCAAGGGACCCAAGGGAGUUGUUAAAAAAUUAAGCCGCGAUUGGUUUUUUAGAAUUAUGCCGAAUGGUGACAAAAUUUUAAGAACGUGGAUGGCUCAUCCUCCUUUUAAAAAAGCAUUGUUUUGCUCUUGUUGUCGAUUGUUUGGAGUGAUUGUGAAUGAUAAAUCUGGGUUUAAUACUAUUAAUGGCUUUAAUCAGUGGUGGAAACUAAAUUCUAAAGUUUCAGAGCAUGAAUCGAGCUCUGUACCUAUCGAAAAUUUUGAAAAAUGGCAACGCUUGCAGAUGAAACUUAAAGCUGGUGCAACGAUCGAUAAAACAACACAAAAUAUGAUUGUCAAAGAAAAGCAAAAGUUGAGAACUUAUCUUUUUGCCAAGUACGACCCAAAUCGUUGUGAACACUUGAUAAAGGUGAAGUUGCAAAAAAAAGUAAGCAUAUCUUACCUAUCACCUGAAAUUCAAAAUGAAUUCAUAAGCUGUUUGGGGAAUCAUGUUCGAAAAAUAAUUCUGAGUGAAGUGAAAGAAGCUAAGUAUUUCACUAUUGUAUUUGAUAGUACACCAGACUACUCACACAAGGACCAGACUAGCCAAAUACUGCGUUAUGUGAAACUUGAUGGCACUAAAGUGCAAGUGACCGAAUCUUUCAUCGACUUUCUUGAAACUGACGGUAAAAAAGCUAAGGAUAUAGCUAAAAUGAUUUUGGACAAGUUUAAGAGUAAUGAACUAGAUAUUUAA